AUGGCUAUCAAAGACCCUCCAUCGACCAACAACCCAGCUAAGCUCCACGUCGCCAUCGUCGGCGCUGGCAUCGCAGGCGUAACUCUGGCUCUAGGCCUCCUCUCCCGCGGCAUCUCUGUCACCAUCUACGAACGAGGAGCCAGCUUUCGAGAAAUUGGAGCAGGAAUCGGCUUCACCAGCAAUGCUGAACGAGCGAUGAAGAUCCUCGACCCUCAAAUCCACGCGGCAUUCAAGCGAGUGACGGUUCAGAAUGGAACAGACUGGUUCAUGUGGAUGGAUGGGAUGAGUGAGGAUUGCAGCCUGAUCCAUAAAAUGUACCUUGGAGAAAGGGGGUUUGAAGGAUGUCAUCGUGCUGAGUUCUUGGAUGAGUUGGUAAGGCUCAUGCCAGACGGUAUUGUGAGAUUUGGCAAGACUGUGGAUCGGAUUGAGGAGUUUGAGUGGGAGGAUGAGAGGCCUGUGCACUUGAAGUUCACGGAUGGGAGUGUGGAGUGUGCCGAUGUUGUGAUCGGCUGUGAUGGCAUUCGGUCAAGAGUGAGGCAGCUUCUCCUGGGAGCCGACAACCCAGCCUCCUAUCCAACAUACAGUCACAAAUAUGCCUUCCGUGGUCUAAUUCCAAUGCACCAGGCAAGAGCAGCUCUGGGUGUCGAGAAGACCGAUACACGACACAUGUACCUUGGCAAGGAUAGCCACGCACUCACAUUCCCAGUCGCCGGUGGGCAGAUCCUGAACGUCGUUGCCUUCACAUCAGACUCUCACGACUGGCCGUUCCCUGAGAAAUUCACAUCUCCGGCAGCAAAAGCGGACGCUGUCCAAGCCUUCUCAGGAUUUAAUUCAACCGUGAGAUCCAUCAUCGACCUCUUGCCCGAGCAGCUCGAUAAAUGGGCUGUCUUUGAUACCUACGACAAUCCCCCACCAGCUUACUCAAAGGGCCGUAUCUGCCUCGCGGGUGACUCUGCUCACGCUGCAGCGCCAUAUCAUGGUGCAGGAGCAGGUUUCGCAAUUGAAGACGGUGCCGUACUUGCCCAUUUGCUGAGUGCCGUCAGCAGCGACUCCCGAAAAGACAUCACCGCAGCUUUGCAGGCGUAUGACUCAGUACGCCGAGAGAGAGCACAAUGGCUGGUCGAGACCAGUCGCUUCGUGGGUGAGAUGUAUCAGUGGCAGGACAAGAGAGUUGGCAGUGAUCUGGGGAAGUGUGCGGAGGAGAUUGAGUGGAGGUCGAGGAAGAUUUGGGAUUACGAUGUCGAGCAAAUGGUUUUGCAGUCCGAGAGGGCAUUUACGAGGGAGUUGAUGUAG